UUUCAGUCUCGUUUAUCGCCUGGAGCUUAAAAAAAACAAGGCCACGCCAUUUAAUACCGUACCGCGUAACCAAGGCAACGUACCGGCGCGCGCAUCAGUCUAUACCCAACUUAAAGAGAGACCAGACGUCUCGUGUUCCAAAUAUAAACAAAAACACAUCGUUUUAACGGCAUUUUUCGAAUUUCGAAUGUGAUUAGAAUUGUCAAAGUGUGUGGUAUGGACGCGAGUUUGUGAGUGUGUGACGUGUAAUGUGUAACGGAUGGCAGAGGAUGUCAACGGUGGUGGUGCGGUGGGCGUGUUGCCGGCUGCCAAGAUGCGCCGCGCAAGAGCGCCGCGACUCGGCGAUAUACCCAGACAUUCGGCGUUGGACGUCGGCGUCGGCGGCGACGCACGGGACUCUAAACUAUGGCAGAACGCAGACGAAAACAGACUAUCAACAUUCCCGGCGAGCGGCGACCGACAGAACCUGCUCCGGUCUCACGCGGCAAAAAGCGCAGAGUGCGGGGCGGGGGGGUCACCGCGCGUGCGGCGCGCUCCAAGAGAGUCUCGCCGGGUUUCCCUUGCACAGGCUCCGGGAUACGUCCAGCUCAAUCAGUACCGCCUGCUGGAGCCCAUCGGACAGGGCUCGUACGGGAUCGUGAAGUUGGCUUAUAGCGAGGAGGACGACACACAUUACGCGAUGAAAAUCCUCUCAAAACGCAAGCUGAUGCGCCGCGCGGGCCUUUUCGGGCGCGCGCCGCCGCGCCGCCCCGGACCCGGACCGCCGCCGGACCCGCUGCAACGAGUAUACCGGGAAAUAGCGACACUUAAGAAGUUGGACCAUCCUAAUGUUGUGAAAUUGGUUGAGGUGUUAGAUGACCCUGAGGAAGACCAGCUGUACCUGGUGUUCCAGCUGCUGGAGGGUGGGCCAGUCAUCGACAUACCAACCGACAACCCGCUCAGCGAAGAGCUGGCGAGGAAGUACUUCCGAGAUGCUCUACUAGGGAUCGAGUACUUACACUACCAACGCAUCGCCCACCGCGACAUUAAGCCAGCUAACCUCCUUCUUGGCGACGGUCGGGUGCAAGUGGCGGACCUAGGUGCCUGCGGGGAGCUAGCAGAUGCAGGGCUUGCCGGGGGCGUGGGGACUCCUGCCUUUAGGGCUCCUGAAGCGGCUGCACCAGCUGAUCGGUAUAACGGGGAGGCGGCAGACAUUUGGUCGUUAGGCGUGACCCUCUACGCCAUGGUGACCGGCCGCGUGCCCUGGAGCGGCUCGUGUGCCGAGAUUGCUCAGCGGGCGCUCACUGACCCAUUGAAGUUUCCAUCACGACCGACGAUUUCUGCGCCGCUGAAGGGGUUGCUAUUACGUAUGCUUGAUAAGGACCCGGCUAGAAGAGCUACGAUGCAUGAAAUUAAGGAACACGGCUGGGUGACAAACAAUGGAGCUGAUCCCCUACCCUCCGAACAAGAGAACUGUCGCCUGGUGGAAGUGACAGAUGAGGACAUGGCGCGAGUUGUCACCUCCAUCCCCAAUCUGUCCACCCUCAUCCUCAUCAAGACCAUGCUCAAGAAGCACAGCUUCCAGAAUCCAUUUCUCCGAAGUCGGGAAGGCAGUACAUCUCGCCGCGAGUCCUCGGAAACCAUCAAGGAGGCCGAGAAGCCCAAAAGGGGAGGCCUGGCGCGCUCGGGGCGAUCGCUGUCGGCCCCUGGGAACUAUCUUAUGGACAGCCGACAAACAUCGUUCGACAUCGCCCUAGAGUCAGUCCAAGAGUCCCGCGACCAGCCCCAGGACAACGAGACCAAGGACGCGGAAAACAAGAUGGCCGCACGGUGAUAUGACAAGAUGGCGGCACCGCCCGCCCCCUGCGUCCGCGCACCCGCGCAGCGCGUUAAGCAUUAAUGCGUGUUAUUCACUAGAGGAUAAAGUUUAAUAUCGCAAGUUAAGGCAGUGACGCUAAAUGAAUUCGCGUGACUUUUUUACAUUAUAUUAAAGUUUCGGUUCUAUUCGCUGCGGUGUGCGUUUGCGAACGGGUCUCAAUGCUUGAGAAUGGUCACCUAAGUUGACUAAAAUAUUAGACUUCAAUGAAAUUAAGGCGUUAAAAAUACUUAACACAUGCACACUCUGUGCUAUCAAACACGCUGCAGAGUUAGUUUAGCCUGACUCUACACAUAAAAAAUUACGUGGGUAAAAUCUUAAGGUGUCUUUAAUGAUUGUAUAAUGGGGUAUUUAACUACUAGUCAAAUUAGUUUCUUUUUUCGAACUCUCAAAACGAUUUGCUACUAUGGAAUUUAUAUGAAACACAAGCAUGUGUCGUCACGAUCAAAUCACCUACUCUUUAUAGUUUUAUACGGGAUUUAAAAUAGAAAUAUUGUCUAAAAAUAACUGCUGUCUACGUUUUUCUAUUAAUGUUUUGGUGCUUUAUUUCUUGCGUGGUGUAAAAUAAUUUAUUUUAAUUACAGUCAAAUACCCUAUUUUAUGACAUGUCUAAAAACAUCAAGUUCAUUUGAUGUCAUGGGCAAUGUGUAAAAGUAGGUAUUUUAAUCCUCUAGUGAAUAAGACGCUUUAAAAAGGAAAGUUAUACAAAAAAAGAGAUUUUUUAAUGAUAUAUUCAUGCAUUUUUUGCCUUUAUAGUUUGUAGAUUAAUUUCUAAGUGAAGUUUCUUUAGUUUUUGUACUAAAAGCUAGAGGUGACAUAAAGUGAGGUUUAGCAAUUAGUAGGGGAAGCACGAAGAUGAUAUUUUUUUAUAUAUUAUAGUAUAGAAAUAUUGUAAAUAUUUUUAAACUUAAAUAUUUCAUUCCUCGACUAGUCCCAAGGUUUUAAAUGAUAUUGUAAAUAAGGUAUUUUUGCCCUUUUUGACCUAAAUUAAGGACUGCAGUUCAUACAAUUUUCUCUAAACAUGAAAACUUUUUAUCUCUGGCAGCUAAAAUACGUAAAUGUGUAAAAUAGCCAUUUUUUUUAUUGUUUCUAAGUACUUACAUAAAU